AUGCAACACAUUGAUGCCUCAUAUGAAGAAGGCUUUCAAGCCGCUUCGGAUCUUGAGUCGUUAUCAAACACACACGAAUUGGCUGAAGAACUUGGUGUCGAUCAAAACACAGUUUGGAAUUAUCUCAAGAAACUUGACUUUGUUCACAAAAAGCCACGACAGGAUUCACGCGAGUUGACCGAAGCGCAAGCCGCUAAACAAAUCGAAAUUUGCCGCCAAUUACUCAACAAUCCGCUGGAUGACCGUUUUUGGAAGCAAAUUGUGACACCAGACGAGAAGUGGGUCUACCGGGCCAAUCACGAUCGAAGUAAGCGUUGGGUCCCAAAAGGUCAAACUCCUCUAUCCGUUUCGGAGCAAAAUCAAUUUGAAACGAAGAUCAUGAUUGGCGUUUGGUGGAACUUCGAAGGAAUCUUGCAUUUUGAACUUGUGCCGAAUGGUCGCACCACCAACGCUGAAUUUAACUGCGAGCAGCUUGAUGGAGUCUACGAUGUGCUGGUUGAAAAGUAUCCAAGUCUUGUUCGUCGAAAACGCGCUUUGUUUCAACAAGACAAUGUAAAGCCGUAUACCGCAAGAACGGCCAGCAACAAGUUUGAAGAGUUGGACGAUGUCGAAAUUCUGCUACAUCCACCCUACAGUCCAGACGUUGCUCCACCUGACUACGAUCUCGUCCAGUCAAUGUAG